AUGUGUUCGCCAAUUAUAACUGGUCCAGUUCGUACGUCAGAAGCGCAAGUCAUGCAGAAUAUGCAUGAGCUCAAUCUCCGGUUCUGUACAUCUACGUCUCACGUUCUGGACUGGGUAGACGCCUGCCCGAAUCUAGUCAAUCUUAGGGCGCAGUUAUUCCGCAGAGGAGACGAGCAAGAUGAUCCAGAGAUAGAUGAAUUUGGCGGACUAGGCGACGAAAUUGUAGAAGAUGAUGAACCAGACGGGGAAGGCUGGGUGCUCAUCAAUAAUCGUCGCCAGCGACCAGCUCAAAAUGUUCUCCGCAUAAGCACCAUGCGGAACGACGUCCGAGUCCUCCCCAACUUGACCUGUCUCGAGCUUCACAGUUUCUCAUCUCCAGCUUCUGUCGGCACGAUUCUCGACCCAUUAACUACACCUGCCCUGAAGAUAUUGAGAAUCGGCACAUCAUUUGCAAGGAUAGGUCUAAGCAACGUGCGAUGGCUGCACAUUGCUUUGCUCCUUCAGCGAUCGGAUGCAUCUCUUGAAGAGCUUAGGACUGCUGGUACACCGAUGAAUGCUGAUGAUAUGCGAGCUUGUCUCCUACUGUCUCCUCGGCUCAAGAGGCUUUCAAUUGGGAUGUUUGAGGAGAUGGAACAGCUUCUUGGUGACCUGGCGGCUCAGACCUCAGAAGGUGAACAACCAGAGUCGAAACUUGUUGCGGGAGAAGGUACACAGCAAAGUGCGGCAGCAGCUCACGGUGGCAUCCCUUUGCCCUGUCCCGGGCUUAAUGCCGUCGACAUCGCAGAUUCAAUAUUCCCAAUUGACGCUCUAGUUUCUGUGGUUUCGUCCCGAUUUCCCGCGGGAGGACAUGUACAUCAUGCAUCUGACUCUCAGUCCGAAAAACAAUCGGAAUCGGAGUCAUCGGAUGGACCGGAUUUAGGAGAUCAUAAACGCUUGGAGCGGAUCUGUGUGGAUAAAACACUGCUGAUGCAGUUGAAGAACAUCUGGUUCUUGCGAAGUGCAUUUCGGAGGGGUUGA